GAGGGGCGCGGCUCUCUGGUUCCCUGGGCCGCCGCCAUGUCUCGGAGCCCCCCUGGCAGCUCUGUGGAUGACAAGACCUUACUCCUGGAGUACCGAUGCCACCCCGUGCGGCCGGAGACCCCCAGCCUGGCCGCUCCCCCCAGGAGGCACAGCAACUCCAGGGCGCCCGAUGCCGCCCCGCUCUCGGCACUGGGCUCUCCCCCCUCGGCCGAGCCCCGCCGCAUCAUCCUCAGCACGGAGAGCCCGGCCGCGCUGAAGGUGGGCACCCAGCAGCUCAUCCCCAAAAGCUUGGCUGUCUCCUCCAAGCCCAAGAACAGCCCCUCCCGGCACCAGAGCUUCGCGGCAUCGGGGGCGAGCCGGGAGCCCCUGAGCCCCGACCCGAAGCGGGCAGUCGUCCCCAUCGUGUCCCUGGAGGCGGAGGAUGAGGAGGAUGGUGGAGGGGCCCUCAAGCGCAACCUGAGGAACAUGUCCUACCGCGCAGCCAUGAAGGGCCUGGGCGCGGAGCCGGAGCCGGCGAAGGCCGUCCCCUCGCUGAAGCCCCUGUCAGAAGAGGGCAGUGCCCCGCCCGACCGCAGCCCCGGCAGGAACAAGAGAACCCUUGGGCGGAAGCGGGUGCAGAAGCGUGGCGGCUCGUUCAAGGACCAGCCCCGGCUGUAUCAGGAGAUCCGUGAGAGAGGGCUGAACUCUGUCAGCCAUGAGUCAGACGAGGAUUUGCGGGAGGAAUCCAUCCCAGAGGAGCCAUCCCCGCUGGGUGCUGCUAUCGUGGUGCAGAGCUACCGCCCGGCGCAGGUGACCUGGAGCCAGCUCCCGGAGGUGCUGGAAGCAGGCAUCCUGCAGAGGAUCUGUCCUGAGGAGCGCAAGAGGCAGGAGGCAAUGUUUGAGAUCAUCACUUCCGAGUACUCCUACAUGCACAGCCUGAGCAUCCUGGUGGGCCACUUCAUGCGGUCGGAGGAGCUGAGGGAGACGAUGACGCAGACGGAGCAUCACCACCUCUUCUCCAACAUCAGUGACAUCCUGACCGUCAGCACCAGCUUCUUUGAAGACUUAGAGAAGCGCCACCAGGAAAACCUCCUGAUCCCUGACAUCAGUGACAUAGUGGAAGAACACGCCUCAAACCACUUCAAUCCCUACAUCAGUUACUGCUCCAAUGAAGUCUAUCAGCAGAGGACACUGGACAAGCUGCUAACCACAAACCCCUUAUUUAAAGAGACCCUGAAACAAAUUGAAAGGAAACCAGAGUGUGGAGGCCUACCAAUGAUCUCAUUUCUCAUUCUCCCUAUGCAGAGGGUAACACGGCUUCCUCUGCUCUUAGAUACUGUCCGUCAGCAAACAAACGCACGCACUGCAGCGUACGGAGCUGCCACCCGAGCUCUGAAGGCCAUCAGCAAGCUGGUCAAGAGCUGCAAUGAGGGAGCUCGGGCUAUGGAGAGGACGGAGCAGAUGUACACCCUGCAGAAACAGCUGGAAUUUGGGAAGAAGAAGCCUUUCCCGCUGAUCUCCGCGUCCCGCUGGCUGCUGAAGCGGGGGGAGCUGUACCUGCUGCUCUCGGAGGAGCCCGGGAUCUUCCGCCGCGGCGCCGGCCGGCUCUGCUACCUCUUCUUGUUCAACGACGUCCUCAUCAUCACCAAGAAGAAGAGCGAGGAGAACUACACGGUGAUGAACUACGCCACGCUGGACCAGGUCACCGUGGAGAAGGUGGAGAGCGCGGAUCCACCGUCCCCUCCUCCCGGGAAGGCCGGCGGGCACCUGCUGCGGGUGGUGCUGGAGAAGGACAGCGAGGGCCGGCGGGAGGAGAUCGUGCUGUCGGCAGAGACACUGAGUGACCGGGCCCGGUGGAUUGCGGCGCUGAUGCACCGAGAGAAGGAGAAGCCUGACACCACUCCCAAAGGAGACCUGAGCCAGGUGGAGAUCACCCGCGCCUACCUGGCCAAGGAGGCAGAUGAGCUGUCCCUGCAGCAGGCAGACGUGGUCCUGGUGCUGGGGGGAGAGGAUGGGUGGUGCUGGGGCGAGCGGCUGCGGGACGGGGAGCGGGGCUGGUUCCCGCAGAGCUGUGCCCGGCAGAUCACGAGCCGCUUGGCCGUGGAGGGCAACGUGCGCCGGAUGGAGCGGCUGCGCAUCGAGACCGACGUGUAGGCCGAGAGAGACCAGAGAGACCCCUCUGGGGGGCUGUUCAUGGACCUCCAAACCUCUGCAGACUGAGCCCGUGGCGAGAAGGGAGCAGGGAGCCUUCUGUGUGGAACUGUGUGUGUCUGAUGGCCCCAGGCUGGUCUUUGCACCAGCAGCUCCUUCGCGUGGGACCCGGCGCCCGAGCGCUCCCGGCACCGCCGGCACCGGUGACCCGGAACAGGCUCCGGGAGCAGCCCAGGAGGUGGCUCAGGUUGGAAAGGCUGUGGCUGUUCUCGGCUUGGGGAGGUGCCUGCGCUGCCAUCUGUCCCUGCUGUCCCCUGGGCCAGCGCCCGCUGGCAGCAGCUGCACAUGGGAGGGGCUGGGUUGAGGGACAGCACACCUGAACCAGGACUUUUUAGGAACUUAAAUCUAUGCCCAGCUUACUCCUUGACCCAGUUUUUCCUCCUGCUGCUAUUUCUUUUCUUUUUCCCUCUCCCCCCCCACCCCAAUAAUUCUUGGCCCCUUUGGGCACAGCCGUGACCUCCACAGGUGAGGUGAUUCUAAACCCCUGGAUGCCAGAGUUGUUCCCAUGGAGUCAGCUCUGGGGCCAGGAAUGGGAUGCUCCAGCCAGAGGGGGAAGCAGGGGCCUGACAAGGAGCAAUGCUGCAGCUCCCACCUGCCUUUCCCUCCUCCCAAGGCCCUGCUCAGCCCCUCCCACCCCAUGCAGGGGACAAGGCAGCUACGAUUUCGGGGUGAGAUGGCCCCACACACUGUCAACUUUGGAUUCACAGGGGCAGCAUCGAUGUAAUGUCUAUCCUGAUUAAACUGUGGAUUAAUUGGGGUAACAAUAAAUUCCUGGAUCCCACCAAAUGCCGUAUUUCCUGUUAGUGGGGACUGGUGUCACUGAGCACAGCUCUGUGUCACUUCCAAGGAGCCAGAUUUUCCUAUUCUGAGCCCUAAAAAGAAGCUUCAGUCUGCUGGUGGCAUCACUGUGGCCUCUGCAUGUUCUCAAAUAUAUAUGUGCAUCUCAGGAAACACCCUCCAGAGCCCUGACUAACAGUCUGCUGUCACCUGGAGCAGAUUUCAGGUUUAUUUAUUUGACUGACACAAGUUAAAUAGAAACUCAGCCAGGCUUCCUGUUUAUUUCCCUUAACUGUGGAGAAAUUAACAUUUUUCUUCAGUGCUAAAUUAAAGGAGAUAUGAUCAAAAGAGAGACAGAACAUGAAAAGAGGAAAAACAAUUUGUAUUAAGAAAUAUGAACAGGGAAAAAAAACACAUUAUAUAAAAAUACAGGUACAGGGUUAUUGUGGUCCCAUGCUCAGACACAUGGUUUGCUCUGAGCUUCCAGGAGUGACAGAACUGCAGGAGCAGGAUGGGAUGGAUCUAUCCUCACACUUAAGGCUGUUUCCAUGUUCUCCUGGAGCAGGGCCAUUGAGGCAGAGUGUUUUUCCUCCUCCUCCUGCACUGGGGGAGCUGGUGCUGGUUCCCAACCAGCCAAGGCAAUCACUAGAACCUUCCUCCAAGGCAAAGGGAACCCAAGGGAUGAUUGUCUGGACAAUUGGCAGCACGACUGGCAGGACUGAUGGGGGGCAUUUGGCACAUGGACAAAAUCUUCCUACUCCCUGGUUAUCCGUCAUCCAACAUCCAACCUUAACGACACGAUUUUGGUCCUUCACUACAUACUUAUAUUAACAUUAUUUCUUCACAAGAAUGAUACCUAAUGCAAAAAAUACUGUUAAGGAAGAAAUAAAAUAAGAAAGGAAUUAGCCCCAAAUUACAAGUUAUAU